AACAAAGCUUUACAUAAAUAUGGCUUCUCAGAGAGUGAUAGAUGAGAGAGAACAAUGCAUGAACAAGACGGACUUAAAGAGAGAAACAAGGUCAGAGUUUCAUGAUGGCUGCAACUGGUACCUUUACCAGAAACCCUAAAUCAUUCUCACACUCGAGACAUGCUCCUCCUCCUCCUGGCCUCAAGAUCGGGCCCAAUGGAACUCCCAUUGUCUCCACCGGCAUCCAAGACCUCGAUCAGUUGUUGGGGGGUGGAGUUCCAGUUGGGAGUUUGAUAAUGGUGAUGGAAGACAGUGAGGCCCCUCACCAUUUGUUGCUGCUGAGGAAUUUCAUGUCGCAGGGUGUGCUCCAUCGCCAACCUCUUCUCUACGCGUCCCCUGCCCACUCCCCUCGUGCGUUUCUUGGCACCCUGCCUGCUCCCAUCCCCCCCAGAACUCAUCUGCACACCCCCAGCCAGCAGCAGGAGGAAGAUUUGAGAAUUGCAUGGCAAUAUAAGAAGUACUUUGGAAACGAGCAGAUGUUUGUUGAGAGCCAUAGAGGUAAUCAUUGGGAUUUCUGCAAUGAGUUUGACUUGCGAAAAUCUCUGGAUCGACAGUUGCUUGGUGCGGCACAUAUAGAUUGUGUGAAUCUUCAAGAUGUUGAAGAUCUUGCAAGUCUCCGUGAUCGUUGUUCUGCUUUUUUAGCCCCAUUUGCAAGAACUGAGGAAGGCAUCACAUGUGUUGGCCGUGUUGCAAUACAAUCAUUCUGUUCUCCACAAUGCAGAUACUCCAAUUCGGACUGGGACAUGCUGUUCUUUAUCAAAUCGCUACGAAGCAUGUUAAGAUCCUCAAAUGCAGUUGCCAUGAUCACUUUCACACCUUCUGUUGUAUCAUCCUCUUCCGUCUGCAUGAGGUGGCAGCACUUGGCAGACACAUUGCUAUCCCUCAGAACUAUUCCUGAUGAUGAUAAGGAAAUGGCAAAACUUCUUACUGAUUAUCAAGACAUGUUCGGCCUUCUGCACAUUCACAAAGUCGGUCGCCUAAAUUCUCAGGUUCCUGUUAUCCUGGAAGCAACUACAUAUUCAUUGAAGGUCAUUCGCAGGAAGACCCUGGUUUUGGAGCGGUUAAAUCAAGCUCCUGUUGAUGCCUCUGGUGGAGGUUCUUUAGGAGGUUGUUCUGGAUCUUCCAGUGCACGUUUACUUGAUUUUUGAUAGCUCUUUGGGCAGAUUGAAAAAAUUGAAGGGGAACUAUACACAGGAAGUAAAACCAUAGACCACAUCUGGUGUUCUAUAAACCACAGGGACAUCUGCCGUCCUUUCCUGAAUAUCGACGGUGUAGAGUAUCUGUGCCCAGGUAAAUAUCAUUUAUCAGGAGUCUCAAUGAAAUCCCCACCAUUUGCCAUCAAGAAUGGAGUGUUGGAUAAUACCCGUGGUGUAUGGCACACCAUCCAUGUUGGGGUAUGGUAUUGUCAGCUCUUUUCCGUACUUGCAUAUUGUAAUGUACAAACAAUAGCUUUUUUUUCUUGUACAGAAAUUUCAUAUUGUUGGGAAAGCUAAGAGUUGCUAUUUAUAUAUCUGGAAAAAUAUACAAUGAGACAAUUUGUUAGCUCAAAUAUUUUUUAACUUGAGCUCAGGAAUGGCACACCCAUUAUUUUUAACGA